CUGUUCUUUGGGGAUCUUUCACUGAAUUAUAGAGAUUACUGGAGCAUAAUGGCUGAAUACUCCGAGGAAGUCUCCAAGCUAUUGGAAUCAGGUGCUAAAUCCUAUGCGGCUAAGGAGUACGAGGAAGCCGUCAAUCAUUAUGGUGAAGCGUGUCAGGUAUAUUCAAGUGACAAUGAAGGUAAAGAAUCCCCAGAAUUGCUGUUUCUUUAUGGGAAGGCCUUGUUCCAAGUAGCUGUUUCCAAAAAUGGUAUCUUUGGUGGUAAUCCAGAUGAAGCUGCUGCAUUGGCUAGUAAUAAAGAGGAAAAAACCGAGGAUGCUUCAAAUAGGAUGUUUCAAUUUAGUGAAGAAGUUCCUUUAGCUGAAGAGGAGGAUGAUGAUGAAGAAGAAGAGAACCAAAAGGAAAUAGAGGCAAAACAACAGGAAGAGUCUGCCAAUGAUGAUGAUAAAGAGGAAGAUAAAGAUGAAGAAGAAAAGGAAGAAGAACAAUCAGAUUUUGAAAUAGCAUGGGAAAUUUUGGAUCUUGCACGUUCUUUAUAUGAACAAUCAUUACCAGAAACCCCACUAGAUAAAAUACCAGGAGAUGCUGAAAAUUCUAAAGAUCCAAUAGUGGUUACUAAAAUCAAAUUAUCAGAUAUUCAUGACUUAUUAGGUGAAAUUUCAUUAGAGACUGAAAAUUUCAAACAAGCAUCUGAAGAUUUCCAAUCAUUAUUAAAGAUCAGAGAAGAAUUGUUCCCAUUUGAAUCAAAUUUAAUAAGUGAAGCACAUUACAAAUUAUCAUUAGCUCUAGAAUUCAAUUUUGCAGAUGAAGAAUCAAAAAAGAAAGCAAUCGAACAUUUGAAAAAAGCUAUUGAAAGUAUUAAAUUAAAACAAAAAGAUCAAAAAGAUGAAGAUAAAGAUAUUGAUUUGAUCAAAGAACUAGAUUCGAGAUUAGAAGAUUUACAAAAAGAUCCAAAUCAAGCUUUUGAUGAACAAAAAAAUGAUAUAAUCAAAGGGAUCUUGGGAGAAGUUACAUCUAGCGAUAAGCAAACUCCAAGACCAAGUACAAGUGCACAACCUGUUAAUGAUUUAACCUCAAUUGUCAAAAAGAGAAAAGCUAAACAACCUAAUGACUCUGCAAAAAAAACCAAGCAAUAAAACAAUGUAGUGUUUUUACUAAUACAACUUUUUGCUUUUUGGGACUGACAUGAUUUUAACAUCAUCAUUACCGAUAUGUAGCCUAACAGUAUCGAAACCAUAUUCUUCUUUCAAAUCAAAUGGGAGAUCAUC